AUAAGGAAUAGACGGCAUUUCGAUCGAAAGGCACUGGAAAGGAUUUCACAUAUUAUGGGUCAUGACAUUCCAUGAUAUGGUCCUAGAUUCGACCUGGGUGUGAGGCCUCAUAGCACGCGUUUUGUCAUUUUCUCCUGACCGCAGACACGAUGCUUUGGUCUAUUCUUCUACCCCUUGCGGCGUCUGUUGAUGCAGCGCCGCAGACAACUCCGAUCAAGGGCCCAGGAAGUAACAGCCUCAUUCGAUUUGGAUGUAGCCAGGUUGUCAUCGAACGACUUGAUCCGCUCGUCAAUCCGGGAGUAAACCCAUCUCCACACUUACACCAAAUUGUCGGAGGAAACGCCUUCGACGCUUCGAUACCGUCUACGGAUGUUUCUAGCCUUGCUUCGUGUACAACAUGCACGUUCAGCGAUGACUUUUCCAACUACUGGACGGCGAACCUAUACUUUAAGGCUCGAAAUGGCACUUACAAACGGGUGCCUCAAGUCCCGAAUAGGUUUUUCGAAGGUGAACAAGGAGGUGUUACCGUAUACUACCUGUCACCUGGCAAGAAUACGGUUACCGCUUUCAAGCCUGGAUUCCGUAUGCUGUUCGGCGACUCUAUGCGGCGCGAGAAACUGGGGUCAGGGCUGAAGUCCCAGAGCUGCUUCCGCUGCUUCACUGGUCCAGAUUUCAAGGGGGACGAUUAUUCCCCUUGCGCCGAUCCUGUUCUAGACACCGAGGAGUUUCCUUCCGGACCCUGUCUAGGCGGGAUCCGUUCGAACAUCCACUUCCCGACCUGCUGGGAUGGAGAACGCUUGGAUACGCCGAACCACCAGGAUCACGUAGCUUAUCCAGUCGGAGGCCCUUCGUCAUUCGCUACUACCGGCAAUUGCCCAUCGACUCACCCCAUCAAGAUCCCACAACUGAUGCUUGAGAUUGUUUGGGAUACAACCGCGUUUAACAACCCAGACGAUUGGCCGGAAGACGGAUCUCAGCCAUUCGUUCUAAGUACAGGAGACAAUACCGGAUACGGGCAGCACGCCGAUUACGUUUUCGGGUGGAAAGGCGAUGCUCUCCAGAGGCUGAUGGAUAACGCCUGCUUCGGCAAUACCUGCACGGGUGUCGAGACACAAGAAUUCACCGAAGCGAACAAGUGUUCUGUACCCAACACUGUUGAUGAAGUUACCGAAGGAUGGCUUGACCAGCUCCCUGGCGAUGGAAGUGGAGCUUGAACACGAGGAACGCUUAAGUAAGACCGUCUAGAUCAGGGUGUGGCAUUUGGUUUCUAAGUUGGUUUAACAAGGUUCUCAUGCUGGAUAGACGUUGUAGUUUUGAAACGAAGGAUUCAAUGGCCAUGUGGUUCU